AUGGUGCAUAAUUUUUCUCCUGGACCAGCAGCGAUCUACAAGGAAGUUCUACUCAAAGCUCAAAAAGAACUGCUCGAUUACAACGGUACUCAUUAUUCUCUUUUAGAAGCUAGCCAUAGGUCAGCGAUGUAUCAGGAUUUGCAUCAGCAGGCUAGAGACACAUUCUUACAGUUACUGGAUCUUGAUGACUCGUAUCAGGUGCUUUUACUUUCUGGUGGAGCAACACUGCAGUUUGCUAUGCUUGCGUAUAACCUACUGGGUGCAGGGAGCACGGCAGAUUAUAUUGUAACUGGUGCAUGGGGAGAAAAAGCAUAUGAAGAUGCAGUAAAGGUAGCAAAGGGUAAAACCGAGGUGAAAGUUUUUCGUCAUGCAGAGCACGCAAAAUAUACUAUAACCCCAGCACCACAUACCGUACAGCUACACAGUAGCAGUGCGUAUGUGCACAUUACAAGCAACGAAACUAUACAGGGACUGCAGUGGAAGGAGGACCCUCAGUUCAGAGAUGCGAGCAUACCAGUUCUUGCAGACAUGUCCAGUGAUAUAUUAAGUCGAAGGCGAAACUUCGCUUCGUAUGGAUUGAUCUAUGCAGGGGCACAGAAAAACAUUGGAACAUCUGGGCUUACCGUGCUACUUAUUCGCAAAGAUCUCCUUUCGCAAUCCCAAGAAGCAUUACCCUCAUACCUCUCGUACAAGAAGCAUGCAACGGCUCAUUCGCUGUACAACACCCCCCCCGUAUUUUCGGUGUGGGUAUUCAAAUUAGUGCUAGAUCACAUUAUCUCUAUUGGUGGCCUAGAAGCGGUGGAGAGCAUGAACCAAAAGAAAGCAGAAGCACUCUACGAAGCGGUGGAUAGUAGCAACGGUUUCUAUACCUGUCCUGUAAAAAAAGCGUAUCGUUCGGACAUGAAUGUAGUAUUUACACUUCCUAGCACUGAUCUUGAAGAUAAAUUUAUUGCUAUGGCAGGUGAACACGGGAUUAUAGGUAUACGAGGACACCGUUCUGUAGGAGGCUGUAGGGCUUCGCUCUAUAAUGCGGUAAGCCUAGCGAAUGUGGAAGCGUUAGUGGCAUGCAUGCAUGCAUUUAGACGCAAGCACUAA